GACGAUUUCCGUUGUGGAAAUGGUUUCCGAAUACAUGGUGGGAUUCACGAUGUGCAUGACGGCAGGGACUCACAUGACUGGUACAAAUACGACAGUGAUUAUGGUCUUUGUAAGCCUCCAAAAAGCACACCAGUGGAUGUCAAGCCCGUAACACCAAAGCAGCCUCCAAAAACUGAUAACUGUGGUGGAUUUGAGGGCAAGAAGGUCUAUAUUGUUGCAGACAAUGGACUGUAUCUAGCUAGAUGCUACGGAUGCGGCAGCGGCUCCAAUCCUAAUUCGGUCACUGUCCACGGAAGAGCUGGAGACGGGUUUGCUAUGUGGACGCUAUCGUCGCUAGACGGAAAGUGUAUUCUAAAGUCUGAUAUUGGUCAAUAUGCUGCGAGAUGUAAUGGCUGUUGGAGAGGUGGUAAGUAUCCAGACAGUGUUUUCAACCAUAUUAAGGAUCCAAAUGGUGCACCAUAUGCUCAGUGGACAGUUGAAAAAGUCGGGGAUAAAUUCGGAUUUAAGGCUGAUACUGGAAAGUACAUGGCAAGAUGCUACUUGUGCGUUCCAGGGCUAGCAAAAGACAAUGCAGCAACAGUUCAUUUUGACUCAGCUACAGGCCCAGCACUAUGGAAUAUCCAACCAGUAUAA